AUGGAUGUCAGUCUUGUGGCUGAAAUUAUAUUGUUCAAUUCUAAGUACAAUCAAGAUUCAUUCUUGGACUCCAUAAGCAAGUUCAAGUUGCAACCAGAUUUUCGUCCCAAGGACCUGAAACAGCAGAUUGCUCCAAAAUGUAGAGUCCUCUACUUUCCAUUGAAGUUCCCUUCACUGGGACCUUUGAGAGAUUCAGACAACACAGUUCUCCAUUUAGUUUGGCCACACAGGUGGGAGCAUGAUAAAGAUCCUGCAACAUUCUUCCAUGUGUUGCUGAUGCUGAUGGAUGCUGGACUUAAUUUCCAUGUGUCAGUACUUGGUGAACCAUUUUCUGAAGUUCCUCCAGUGUUUGCUGAGGCUUCCACUCAUCUGGGCAAUCGGGCUGUCAACUGGGGUAACUAG